AUGUACGCUGCCGCUGACUUCUCGGAUAGUGCUCUGGGGGGUCCGAUUCUUAUUCAUAAAGGAUAUUUUUUUGACCACUAUGGUCGCGUUUUGUUACCCCGUGGCUUAAACGUGUCUGGCGCCAACAAGCUUCCAUCCAAUGCUAACGGUCUUUCUCACCUUAUUCAAGGCCUUUAUGAUAACCACCGCUCAGUUACCUUCAUCGGAAGACCAUUUCCUCUCGAAGAAGCCGAUCUUCAUUUCCGCAGGCUGAAAACAUGGGGUUUACCGCUCGUCCGUUUCCUCGUAACGUGGGAAGCGAUUGGACAUGCAGGACCAGAUCCAAACACAGACCUCGAUUAUGAUUACAUCUCGUAUGUUAAAAAACUGGUACAUAUGAUGCCGAAAUAUGGCAUCAAGUGCUUUAUUUGCGCACAUCAAGAUGUCUGGUCAAGGUUCAGCGGGGGUAGCGGCGCUCCCGGAUGGACAUUCGAAGUCGCAGGCCUGGAUAUCGAGGCAUUCACCGAAACAGGUGCAGCGUACAUCCAUGCACAGGAUGAACUUAGACGUUCAAGCGGAUUCGCAAACCCUAAAGAACCAACCGGCCCCUUUUUAUGGCCCUCAGGCUAUCAAAAACUUGGAGCCAGCACAAUGGCCACUGUUUUCUGGGCUGGUGAUGCGCUCACCCCAAAACUCCGCUGCCUUCGUCGCUGCUUUGUUGAUGAUGGCAGAGAAGAAGAGGUUUCGGCACAAAAGUUCCUCCAAGAUGCGCUCAUUGAGGCAUUCGGAAGGCUGGCUGACGAAAUUGGAGAUCUUGAGGCAUGCAUAGGAUUUGAACCUAUGAAUGAGCCACAUCGUGGGCUCGUGAACCUCCAUGACUUUUAUAAAUGGAACUAUGCUACGGAUCUACAUAUUGGUCAUUGCCCAUCCUUUUCACAGGCAUUAGCACUUGGAAGCGGAUAUGCACAAGACGUGGAUUUUUACGUGAAAUCGUGGCCUAUUCCAACUAAAGUGUCGCAUCGAUCUCGAAUCGAUCCAAAAGGUCGAUCGGCAUGGCUGUCUUCAAGCUGUAAGGAAUUGGUAACGAAUCGUCCUUGCGGUCUCGGCGAUUGUGUAUGGCGCGCACAUGGUGUUUGGCUUUGGGAUGAAAGGGAAAGGGUCGCGAAAAUCUUAGAUCCCGAUUAUUUCAAUUACGAUCAUCGCCCCGGAAGAGAAGGACGACGACUUGAAUGGUACCGAGAUUGCUACGCACCUUUUGUCCAGAAAUUCUUGGAAAGAGUUUCACGCAAGUGGUCACAUCAUAUGUCCUUGGUGGAACCAAUACCAAAUGAGUUCAUGCCUCCUUGGCCUCCGCGAAAGAACCAAGGGGAAUUUCAGGUGAAAGAACAGACUUAUGCCACACAAACCAGGAUCACUAUUGACCAUCCACAAAACCUUGUAUACGCACCUCAUUUUUAUGACCUCAAUGUUCUCUUUCGGAAAGAACAUGGGUGGAUGAGCGUCAAUGUGCAGGACCUAGCUCGGGGAAAGUUCGUAUUAGGAGCACUAUAUUUUGGCAAGAGGGGUUUAAGGCAUAAUUAUAGGAAGCAAAUUGGCAAUCUCAUCCAUUAUGGCAAAACUUCCAUGGGCAUCAAUGUGCCGAUCAUUAUUGGAGAAGUAGGAAUACCAUGGGACAUCAAUGAUCGCAGGUCAUUUCGAACUGGAAACUACGACUGCCAACGUGAAUUGAUGGACGCUCUCAUUUCAGCCAUGGAGUCAUUUCAUGUCGGAUUCACCCUCUGGAACUACAACCCCCAAAACACAAUUGAGCACGGAGAUGGAUGGAAUAAAGAGGAUUUCUCGGUUAUCAAUAGCAACGAUAUCCUUGAAUACGAGGGUACUCACCUCGAUUACCGCAAUGCAAAACACGAAAGAAAUGAUUUAUAUCGCGGUGGUAGGGCCCUUGAUAUCAUAAUUCGUCCCUACGCAGCGAAAGUGGCUGGACUACCCGUCCAUUCCAAGUGGGAUCCACGGACGUUGAGAUUUGAAUUCCACUGGACAACAGAAAACAUUGACAACCCCAACGGGCGGGUAGACAAAAAUAGAAUGGCCUAUCAGACAGAAAUUUUUCUGCCAAACUACCAUUAUGCAGUUCACAGACUAAAUGUUCAGCUUAGUGACGGAAGUUGGGACUAUAGCGUUAAAAAACAGACCUUAUACGUGCAAAAUGAACCUCGCAGCUGCGUAAGUUCUUAUCAUCAAAUUAUUAUCACGAUCGAAGAUGAGAGGAAACAUGUUUUAGAAAGGAUACAACAGCGGCGGGAGGCUUUUCCGCCCAACUUUCCGCUCAGUUUGCUACCUGAUUGGACCGAGACAUGGCUACAAGAGUUUGCCAUAAGCUACUGUAUAGUAAUACUCGUCGUUAUUGUGAGCUUAUUAGCCACCAUCUUUCAAUACUGA